AUGUUUGCUAAAAUCUGUCAUAUUCUCCCACUGGGCCUCGGUGCUGUCGCCGUUGCUAUCCAGAGUAGGGCAACAACCAACAUUGGUUUCUAUGCCUAUGCUUCUUCGUCUUCUGCUGGAAUAGGAGGCCUACCGGUGCAGUACAUUGAUGGCAUGGCUUAUGUCGUUGACACGGCUGUUGUAACCACUGGGGAAAACGUGACUUUCUCUCUUGUGUCCACAACCUUUGCUGCAACUACUGCGGACGGUGACAAGAGUCUGCUUUACAUCCCUUCAACCUCUGGCGCUGUGGGCUUUACCUCUGCAGCCAGUGAAACAAAGGUCACGACCAAGUUUGGAACGUACGGCACGGUAGUGUACAACUACCAUACUGGUUCCAUCGAGACCCUCUUCUAUGCCGAGCCUACUGAGACGACGGGCUUAUGGCAGCUCACUUGGGACAGCGACAACACUGAUGCAAUCGCUGUAGCUAUCAAGGAUAAUGCUCCAACAUCAUAG